GUACCAGUUUUUUUACAUUAAAAGUUAUGCAAUGCACAUGUUUAUAUUAUUUAAAAAUAUUUUCAAUUUUCAGUUGCCUCGAAAUGUAUGCAUGCAUGUAUGUAUGUAUUGAACUCAUUUGUCAAGGUAUUGGAAACUUUAAAAUGAUAUGAAAGUGAAAAUAUAUUUCGUAACGCGAUUAUUGUUUCAAAUCAACAAACAAAUUUUUAAAAUUGAUUAUGAUGAUUAUGCAAUGCAUUCUUUUACUUGUUCGAAAAGGGUAUAAAUACUGGACCUCCAUCCGACUAGGAUAUCAAUCAAUCAAAUUCCUUACCCUUGAUAAGUUCAUAUUCGUCAUGAAGCUGUCAUCAUUUCUGGCAAUUUUUGCCAUUUUUCUAGCCCUGAUUUCCGUCAUUGUUGCCCAUCCUCAAUUUGGCGAUGACGAAUCCUCACAAAACACUGGUUUCUCCUUUGGCAAGAAGGGGAGCCGUUCCAAGGACAAGUUUCGCCUAAGGGGAGGAGCAGGAAACCAGCGAGGCCGGCAACAGGGCGGCGGCGAUUUCGACGAGUCCAACACCGUGGACCAAUUUAACUUCAAAGGUCACAAUUCCGGAAGGCAGCAGCAGUCAGGUGGUGAUCAAGACGAGUAUGCACCUCCUCAAGACCAAUUCAGGUCGAGGCAAGGGGGUCAAAAUCUGAGAAGACAGCAAGGCGGGGGUCAAGAUGACUUUGACAACAACCAAGACAUGUUCAGGUCCAACAAGCCGGGUCAGAAAAAGAUGAGACAUCAGGGAAAUAGCCGAUACGGUGGGAAUGGGAACAGACGCCAACCCAAAAACGGGAAACGAUUCGGAGCUAAACACCAAGGAUAUGGGUUUGCUGAUAAAAAGUCUAAUAAGAAGACGAAGACACAAUUUUAACCUUUUUUCGUACUUUUUCCACUAUUUUAAAACAAUAUUUUGUGUACAUAUGCAUAAAUAAAUUGAGUUUAUGCCCAAUGUAUGCAUUUACACAGUUGUGAUAACACGAACGCAUUCUUUUCGUGCAAUCAUAAUCUUAA